AUGCAGGCGAGUAACACCGCAGCGGCGCAGUCUGGUAGUACCGCCCGACACAACGUCGACGUCGAGCAGUGUGACAAGAGCUGCCGACACAACUACACGCGGAUAAGGACAAGGCAAAGGAAAGAGCAGGAGCGCGGCAUCUGUGGAAAGGAGACUGCUCAAAGGCAUAGCAAAGCGUUGGGAACAACAACUACAAAAAGAAGACAGCGCAGAGCCAGAGGUCCGUCCUUUGGCCCUACACCCGACCAAACUCGCGCAACAGAGUACUACCAGGCACAGAGCGAAGCUGCUUCUGCAACAACCGGUGGGCACAGCAACUACGCAAAGUUCCUCGCACCUCACGCCAGGUUGAAACGUCCUUUGGAACCACCCCGUUCACAAGGCGAAGGUUCAGUCUACAGCCGGGUGUUGCCCAGGUGUGAAAGGGAACUCCCACUUGUAGCAGCGGAGGUAGCAAAAACACCCAGGAAGUCAGCGAGGCGAAGCUAUCUUUGUUCUGAAGCGAGAGCAGUCAGUGCGACCCUGGGUUCCAAGGCAGAGAAACGUGAAGGAAAGGAGGGCGGAGAUAGUGACGGAGGAGCUGAAGGGUUUGAGCCAAACGUGAGUGCCAGGCUACAACUCGGAAGUCGCGACCCCGGCGUGGUACCAGCACGACACCUCCAGGCGUCCUACGAAGUGAGCUGCGUGAGAGGUAAAGCUCCCUCCCCGUCUGGUAACACCGCGUGA